GAACAACACAGAAAUGAUAUUGCAAUGGUUGUAACAGCAACGAGUAUAUGUCUUUGCAGCUAAUCUCGAGGUAACUGCAGCGAUGUGCUUUGGAAACGCUUUGGAGGGCAAAGCCGAAUUUUGAAAAGGCCGGUUAAGCCCUGCGCCUGGACCGACCAAUCAGAAGAUAGGGAAGAAGGCUGAAUGGCAUGGACAGUAAGGGAGGCUCUGUUCCCUUAAUGCUCGAGCCCCGCAGUCCCGUCAGCAUGAAGCAGUCCUCUGAUCCCCUGGGCGGCGGUGGUCUGAAGGGCAGGGGUGAAGUGUGUGCCCCCCACCCUGACUCCUCCACCCUGAUCAUGGAUAAGACCACCACCCAGCUGGCUGCCACGGCCCAAGACGGCGUCCUGCCCAGGAGCGUGAUGCAGAACGGGCACGGCCCCGCCGCACCCCCCCACCACGUCCACAGCCUGGAGCAGCUGAAGGACCUCACCGCGCGCGUCCUCAACAACGGAGAGCAGCCCAAACACUGCAAUGCCACCGGCCCACAGGAGGCCACCAUGAAGGGUGGUGGGGGUGGUGGUGUAGCGGACCCCCCUGCGCCCCAGGCCCCCCCAGCCCCUGCCCCCGCUACCGCUGCACAGGACCUCGUGCUGAAGCUGCUGUCGGCUGCGAGUGGCAAUACUAAGCCCGUAGCCAACGGCAGGUGCGACUCCCCCACCUGUUUUGCUGAAGAUAGGGAGCGGCCGGCCAACACUAUGUCUGCUGCUGUAGAGUCCACACCGGAGGAGAGGGACAUGGGGCCUCCCGGACCUCGGAGGGGGAGGAAAGGCCGUCCGGUGAAGAAGAGGACAGCUCAGAAGGCGCUCGACGCUGCUAAGGCAUCGCUUCACAAGAGAGCCCAGCUCCAUAAGAAGCAGCUCCAGUCGCCACUGGCUGCCGAGCAGAAGUCAGGCGAACUAGCCGCGGCGGCUACCACCUCGUCCAAUCACAUCGCUGAAUACAAAGUCUCCACCACCACUACGUCAGUCACUACCUUUGCUGCCAUGGAUCAAGCGUGCGCCGCUUCACAUUGUAGCCCGAGAGUUGAGAUGAGACAACGGCAUUCGGGCGGUCUUGCUGGGCCGGUUCACGAGCGGUUCUCCUUGGGGGACGUGGUCUGGACCAAAAUACUAGGCUAUCCCUGGUGGCCCUCUAUGGUUACCAUGGACCCCCGCUCAAACAAGCACAUGAGGCAGAACGGCUUGAACAGUGUGCUAUACCAUGUGCAGUACUUCAGCGACGCGUCAGAGCGGGGCUACGUCUAUGAGAAGGCCAUGGUGCCAUUCCGCGAUCGGCACCAGUUUCAGGAGCUGGUCUGUGCGCAGCCCUCUUCUCGAACUGACCGGAAAAAGCUUGUCGGCGUGCCUGAAAAGUUCAGGAAGCAGUGGCUCGUCGGCAUCUCCCAGGCGACGGAGGCCCUGGGCAUGGCCCUGGAAGAGCGCAUUGGCUUGUUCGCUCGGCGUUACUCGCUCGGCGCCCAUCCGCUGACGCCCGGAAGACCGCUGCCCAUCUACGCUGUCGCAGAGAGGCAGGACCAAAUGUCCCCACGCCUCGACCAGCAGCAGCCCCAGAAACAGCACCUUGGCUCUGCCGUCCAGCCGGUUCCAGAAGCCAGCGCAUGGAGUCCCGCAGGAAGUGGCACCCUGCAGGUUUCGGUCACUGAAGGCAGCACGGUCAUUAAAGAAGAGGCCAAUGACGUGGUUUUGGUGCACAUCACAUCCCGUAGGCCCGGGCAGAUGGCCGCGACAAGCCCGAUGUACACCAGCACACCCUUGGAGCACAACCAUGCACAAGUUCAGAAGCAGCAGCAGCCAGAAACGCACAUGCCACUCUUUCGCCCGCCAGUCCCUGCCUUUAACCAGAGAGCCCUUUCAGAAGACUCCAACGACAACAACAACAGCAGCACUUCGGUCCUCAAGAAGGGCCCCGGCAGAAAGGCCCCGAGGGCUGCAAAGGUCACCAAGGGGGUAAAGGUUAAAUCUGAGGGUAAUGAAGGUCAAGUGAAGCCCAGCACACCUGUGGUGAGGAAGAGGAGAGCGAGGAAGGCCUCGAUUCCCCAGGGAGAGGCCACUCCAGCCCUAGCUCAGGAGACUACCAAUGCUGCUUCCAACCUCAAACCUCCGACGACGGAGCCACCGAAACGCGUCAGGAACGCCUCAAGGCCCAUGAAGGGGGCAAAGGUUGAGCCAGAAAGCACCGCGGUUGAGGUCAAGGCCAGCACACCACCUGUGACCAAGAGGAGAGGGAGGAAGGCCACAGUGGCUGCUCCCAUGCCAGCUAUACACACGCCGGCUAAGAAACACCAGCAAGUGAAAGCCAUCGGCACCCCAGAGCAGACGAAGUCAGAAAAAGCUGCUGCUGCUCAGGCACUUCAGCAGGAGCCUGCAUCAUCUGGUUCCAUCCCAGCUGGGCUAAAGAGGAAGAGGCAGUCAGGGCCUAAACCACGACAGACUGCCCUGGCCACCCCCAAGCCCAGGCUUACGGCGGCGUCCGCACCCAAACCCCGGCAGACUGGACCCAAGGCCGGUCCAACUGUGGCAGCCGCACCUAAGCCGAGACUGACUGCCGCAGCCACCCCCAAGCCGAGACUGACUGCCGGUGCCACCCCCAAGCCUGGUCAGUCUGCUGUGGUGGUCGCCUCCACCCCCACCCCCGCCCCCAAGAGAAGGGGUCGACCCCCGGCCUCUACGUCCUCCUCUACUGUCCCGUCAACGACAGGGGAUGGAGCACAGGAGGCCCUCAAGACCCCGAAGACACCCAAGAGCGUAACUGGUCAGAUGAAAGGAAAGACCGAACCCAAAGGCAAGAGCAGAAAGCGAGAGCUGGAGGUGAAAGUUGAGGAAAAAGAUGAGAAGACCAAAAAGCGGAUUAAACUGGAGGUCGUCUCACCUCAAGUAAAGACGCCAAAGGCUAAGCCGGCUGACCCUCCAACCCAAGUGAGGCGGGUGAGAAAGAAGCCGACCACCCAGGCAGAAUUGAAGAAACCCAGCACUGGAGCGGAGGGGAAAGCAGCAGCAGCAGAAGAGAAGACUCCUGUGAAGGCGAUAGGGAAGAAAAGACAGGGGAAGCUCCAGGCUCAGAGUGAAGAACAUGAGCCUUUGGCAACAUUAAAGCGGCCCAGGAAGAGGAAAGGAUCUCUCAGCCAAUCCGCUGUCUCUACUCCCAAGAAGAGGCAGAUCCAGGCCAAUCCUGACGCGGAGGCCUCUGUCUCUGAGGACAGCCCGGAAUCUCCUGUGGACAGCACAGAUGAGACACAUAUUGCCAAGAAAAGCGUGAAGAAGGAGAGCGUGUGUCAGAGGUGUGAGCGCACAGGUGAAGACCUGCUGGUGUGUGAAGGGGCGUGUGGCGGCUCCUUCCAUGUGGAGUGUCUGGGACGGCUACACACGGCAGAGGAGAAACCCAUGUGUGCCCCAUGCAGCUCAGGCAUACAUGAGUGUUUCUGCUGUAAGCAGUCAGAAGGGGAGGUGAGGCGCUGUAGUGUGCCCCACUGCUGCCGGUUCUACCAUGAGGAGUGCCUGAGACCCAACCCGCUCACAGUCUUCAAGGACCGCGGCUUCCGCUGCCCACUGCACACCUGCCUCUCCUGCCACUACACGGGCAAGGCCAAAGCCACCAAAGGUAAGAUGAUGCGCUGCCUCCGGUGCCCGGUGGCCUACCAUGCAGGCGAGCAGUGUGUGGCGGCGGGCAGCGAGCUGCUGACCCCCACGGCCAUCAUCUGCAGCGGACACUUCCAGCCUGAGAAGCGCCGGAGCCAGCACCGCCACGUCAACGUCAGCUGGUGCUUCAUCUGCGCCAAAGGUGGCAGCUUGCUGUGUUGUGAGUCGUGCCCGGCUGCGUUCCACCCUGACUGUCUGAACAUCGCCAUGCCAGACGGAAGCUGGUUCUGCAACGACUGCGGCAACGGCAAGCGGCCCAAGUACCACGACAUCAUCUGGGUGAAGCUGGGCGCCUACAGGUGGUGGCCUGCAGAGAUCCGGCACCCGCGCAACAUCCCUGUGAACAUCCAGCACCUGCGGCACGGCAUCGGGGAGUUCCCCGUCUUCUUCUUCGGCUCCAAGGACUACUUCUGGACGCACCAGGGCCGCGUCCUGCCCUACGUGGAGGGCGACCGCGGCAACAAAUAUCAACAGAGCAAAAUCGACAAGGUCUUCAAGACUGCAUUGCUGGAGGCUGAGGCACGCUUCAAACAGGUGAAGCAGGAGCGAGAGGCCAAAGAGGCUCAGGAGAACAACAAGAAGCCACCGCCCUAUAAAUACAUCAAGGUGAACAAGCCGUACGGCCGCGUGCAGAUCUACACGGCGGACGUGUCGGAGAUCCCUAAGUGCACGUGCAAGCCGACGGACGAGCGGCCGUGCAGCUUCGAGUCGGAGUGCCUGAACCGCAUGCUGCUGUACGAGUGCCACCCGCAGGUCUGCCAGUCUGCAGAGCGCUGCCACAACCAGGACUUCACCAAGCGCCAGUACCCCGACACCAAGACCAUCCGCACGCCCGGAAAGGGCUGGGGCCUUAUCACCCUGCAGGACAUCAAGAAGGGGCAGUUUGUGAACGAGUACGUUGGCGAGUUGAUUGACGAAGAAGAGUGCCGCGCCCGCAUCCGAUACGCUCAGGAUCAUGACAUCACCGAUUUCUACAUGCUCACUAUCGACAAGGAUCGGAUCAUAGACGCCGGCCCCAAGGGUAACUACUCUCGCUUCAUGAACCACAGCUGCCAGCCUAACUGCGAGACCCAGAAGUGGACGGUGAACGGGGACACGCGUGUGGGCCUCUUUGCUGUCUGUGACAUCCCUACUGGCACCGAACUGACCUUCAACUAUAAUCUGGAUUGCCUUGGCAAUGAAAAGAUGGUGUGUCGCUGCGGGGCGCCCAACUGCAGUGGUUUCCUAGGAGACCGACCCAAGAAUGGCCAGGCGUCUGAGCCCAAAACCAAGUCGGUGAAGAAGAAGGCAAAGCGGCGGAAGAGUCGGAGCGAGGGAAAGAAGCAGUCGGAGGACGAGUGUUUCCGCUGCAGAGACGGGGGAGAGCUGGUGCUGUGCGACCGCAAGGGCUGCACUAAGGCCUACCACCUGUCCUGCCUAGACCGGACCAAGAGGCCCUUUGGUCGCUGGGACUGCCCGUGGCACCACUGCGACGUGUGCGGCAAGAACUCGGAGGCCUUCUGCCAGCUCUGCCCCAACUCUUUCUGCAAGGCCCACCAGGAGGGAGCGCUUAAUUGCUGCCCCGCCACAGGAACACUCUACUGCCAGGAGCACGAGGACUAUGAGCCGUCUGCUGACCCCUCCUCCGCAUUGCCCCUGCCCCUGUCCCUGUCCCCUCCCACUAACCCUGCACCUGAUGAUGAUGAUGAUGAAGAUGAAGAUAAAGAAGCGUCUCUGGUCAAGGCUGCCCCAAAAGCACGUGCCAAGAGAGGGCCCCCAAAAUCAAAGAAGGCCCCCAAAAAAGUUUGAUUUGAUUUUUUUUAUUAUUAUUAUUUUAAAUUUUUGUUGCCUUUUGGGGUUUUGUCUUUUUUUAAUGUAAAGUUAUUAAUAAAGGUACAUGUAUCAUGUAA